AGUCUUCACAUCUCAUUCAACAACUUAAAAAACAUCUUGGCCACUCAUCUUUCAUCUCUCCAACUUGCCUUUCAUUAUUCAUUUUUAUGUUCAUACACACACUCUUUCCUUGAUCGACUAAUCCAUCUCUAAGUUCAGCUUCCAUGGCCGAGUACUCGAACACGACGUAUAGCUGUAGAAGUUGCCGCAACCCGCUCGCCUCCGGAGCUGAUCUCCUUUCCAAAUCCUUCUUGGCAAAAUCGGGAAAAGCGUUCCUAUUCUCACAAGCAAAGAACAUAGUGGAGGGCCCAAAAGAGCAGAAGCUGCUAAUAACAGGUAUCUUCAAAACUGCAGACAUACACUGCAGCAUCUGUGAUCAAGUUUUGGGUUGGAAGUAUCUCAAAGCUUAUGAUAUCAAGCAGAAGUUCAAGGAAGGAAAGUUCAUCAUCGAAAGGGCUAAGAUCGUCAAGGAAUACAACUAAUCAUAUUUACAAACUCGUUUCGAACGAUUAAUCGUUCGUUUACAAGAGUUUUUAGGCACUUAAGAAGUCGUUUUAAACAUAUCCUUAUGUCAAUGUUGAUGGUCGGGAAAAGUUAAUGUUUUAAACUCUUAGUGUCACGUGUA